AUGUAUGUGAUAUCCUUCCAUUAUUUAAAGAAAUUACUUCUAUUAAUUUUAACAAAAAUCUGUUUAUCUAUAGCAUAUAAGAUUACAACAUUUCUGUAUUUAUUAAGAUUAACUACACUAUAUGGUACAAGAAACCUAUCAAAUAAUUUAGAAGUGCCAGUAUUUUUAACUAAAAACAUUUCAUAUGCCUUAAUUUUGGAAUUUUUAUUUUUGUUAUAA